AAUGGAUAUAUCUAAUGAAGCUUUUUAGUUUUACACGAAGUUAAAUUUUCUCAAAUUUUUAACAGAGAAAUGACUAAAUCUGGUAUUGAACUUAGCGAAAAGAAAAUUUGCAAUUCUAGACUUCAUGACACCAAUGAAUUACAAAAUGUUUAAAUUCUCCACGUGUUGCAUAAGAGACUUAUUUGAAAAAUCUGCCAGGGUCUGUCAAGAUCUAUAAGUGUCUAACACUGUUAUCAAGAGUGUGAGUGUGUCUUCAUUCUCACCUUCACCUACACCCACACCCGACGCUCUGAUAGACCCUACCGUAACUAUUAAUAGAACUUAAUAAAAAGAGAAUUAUUUUAUAAUUCAGUUGUGUCAGCCAGGUAAAAUUCUAUUAGAGGUAACUAAAACUGUUUAAAUUUUCUUAUAACAGCCGCCUAAUGUUAGAGGAUUGUUAUGUAAAAUCUAGAGAGAAACGACGUACUUGGACAUUGUAGAAAAUGCUUGAAAAGUACGUAGAAAUAGCUUUCAGAGUAGAUCAAAAUAACGCGAAGUAACAUAAAGUACAGAAUACGCUAUCUCUUCCUGGUCUAAACUCUUUGUCUUAGUAUUAAAGACUCUUUUCUAAUAGAAGACACACAAGGAUAUAUUUAUAGGUGUCAGAGAACUUUUUCGUCGAAACUUAGUAUUACAUCUUAUAGAUCCUGGGAACCUAUGUAUAUUCUGACAAGGGUCUGCACCGAUGGCAUUUUCUGAUUAGAUCGAACUUUUUUAGUGAAUUUUCACCCUAGGACCCGACAUUUGCAACACGAUCAUAUUGUCCAAUGCUUACCUGAUACUUUGGCCACACAAAAAUGUCAUUAAGACCAGUGCGUAUGAAAAAUUUCAGAACUUGUGGGCUACAUCUCGCCGAAGUACGGAACUUUCAAGGCAUGGACUUUUUUCAACAGAUAAUGUAUGCAACAUGUAUUCUUGAAUGUAGGUGUGGGUAUCAGCUUACUUGAAAAGAAGACCCAAACUCACAUAGACACGUCCUCCCUCCUGCCAUAAUUAGUGCAAUUUUGAAGAUAUUGUCUUGUCUAACUGAUCAUGUGAUUUCUAAAAGGUUCGUAUAGUUGAAUAUACACGAUCACCAUCUGGUUAUCAUGCUAAAAUACUUCGGCAAGCGCUAGAUAAAAAACCAAUUGAUUAUACAACAUUAAUACGAACUAUUAUUGGUCAUGAAUGCAAAGAUUUAAGUGAAGUUAAAUUAGAAUAUUCAAAAAUGUAUGAUGAAACGCUUCAUCAAACAAUAGAACAUCGUAUUGAUAUUACAGAAAUAAAAAAAAUAUUUGUUAUGAUAAUUGCAACUGGAGACGACUUAACACCUAAGAAUAGCGAAGAAGUUUCUUUUGGUGACAGAGAUCGUAGUAGUUCAACUGGUACAGCACUAAGUGCAAUAACGUCGAAAACCAUGGAAAUGAAAAGCAGGCAUUCACUUCAUGUUUUGGAGAAAUUUGUUAAAAUAUUUAAAAUACGACAUUCAAAUUAA